GAGAAGACAAGCGGGGAGAUACAGAAACUUUCUUCUCAAAGAGAGCUGAUCUUUUGAAGCUUUCGAGGGACGUCCAGAGGUCACCAGUGGAUUAUUUAUUUACCUGGGAGAGAGCACAUUAUAUUUAAAGGUUUUACCAGGGUUUUCGCCAUUAUUCCUGUCUGUCCAUGGUGGUUUGUAACAGCAAUACGAUCGAUAAUCCUCAUGAAGUGUUUUCAGAAGAAUGAAGACACCCGGGUAACAAGGGUGAAGACUUUACCCCACUGGAGGAGUUGAGCUCGGAGCCGACCGGAGGAGUUGAGCUCGGAGCCGACCGGAGGAGUUGAGCUCGGAGCCGACCGGAGGAGUUGAGCUCGGAGCCGACCGGAGGAGUUGAGCUCGGAGCCGACCGGAGGAUUUGAGCUCGGAAUUCAACAAGAUCACUUCCUGAUGAUGACAGUAAACAUGGAUGACGAGGAGGCGCUGAACUCCAUCAUGAAGGACCUGGCAGCUCUGGGUCGAUGCUACGCCCAGAAACACGACAGCAGCAGCCACAAACCCAAGCCCAGGACCUUGUUGUACAAACAGGAUCUAAGAGUCAAACUGGAGCAUGAGAGGGAGAAACGCAUCAUCCCGUUCCAGCGACCUCUGAAAAUCAAGGAGCUGCUCCAGAAGGUCACAGAGGCCUUUGGACAACAGAUGGACCUCUUCUACACAGACAAAGAGCGUCUGGUUCCUCUAAAGAGCCAGGAGGAUCUAGACAGAGCUGUGUUCAACGUGGGCUCUAGCAGCCUGCUCCGACUACUGCUGAAAACUCCCAAGAACAACCACUUCCUACAGGUGGGCAGCUGGGACAAACAGAGCGAGCUUAGGUCGUCCCGUUCUCUAGGGGAUCUGAAGGGUUGUACACUCAAGAGCUCAGAGAGGGUCCGAAAACACUCCACAGGUUCUCUCCAUGCAGGUCGUAGGUCCCCCCCUCCAGGCUCGGUCCCAGAGGAGCAGCAGCAGAUUGCCAGGCAGGGCUCCUUCACCUCUAUCCACACAGAGGGAGAGUUUAUACCUGAGGGCCUGGAUCAUAAGUUGCUGGAGCCCUUUCGGAGUGCAGGCAACUCUCUGUCCAGCAGCUGUCAAUCAAUAGACCAAGCAUUGGACAGGCUUCUUCUUCUUUGGACUUUAUAUGGCGGUUUGCAACCAACUUUAAGGUGCAUUACCACCACCAACUGGACUGGAGUUUGGACCUCAGUUCAUCUAUCAAUCACCCACGCGGGUCUCCUAAAAAUCAAUGAGGAGUUGGGAGAGGCAGGACUUGCAGUGUGUCGAGCGUCACAAAUAGAAGUUUGGGACACGAGCGGUGUGGCCAGCAUGUUACUGAGAGAGACAGAGACAGAGACACAGAGACCUCUACCUACACAAGUGUUAUCUAGACAAAUAAAGGAACUGAUUGUGGACUUCAGGAGACAGCAGAGGAGGGAGCAUGACCACAUCCACAUCAACAGGGCCGUAGUGGACAAGGUGGUAACCUACACUGGCAGUCUGAAAUGUUCCAUCCACACAGACAUGAACUACCGAGACUCCUUGUCUGAGCCCAACUCUAGGACUCCAGGGCGCCACAGUAAAGGAGGAACUUUCCCUCGUCAAUUCCACUUGUCCAAUGGCAGCAAAGACUACAGCGAUGGUCGGAGGACGUUCCCUCGGAGCUUCAUGCCUCAGGAGAACCUGUUUCAGCUGGUUCCAUCCAGUCAGACCCGGAGUUACAACGGAGACAGCACUCUACAGUACAGCGACCUCCGUACGCUGGGCCGAGUCCCAGAGAAGAGCUGCCCCCACAGGGAAGUACCCAGAUCUCCGCAGGCGCCGGUGAACUGGCGUCAGGGGAAGCUGCUGGGUCGUGGGGCGUUUGGGGAGGUAUACCUCUGUUACGACGCAGACACCGGACGGGAGCUGGCCGCCAAACAGGUGCCCUUUGACCCAGAUUGUCAGGAAACCAGCAAGGAGGUAAAUGCUCUGGAGUGUGAGGUCCAGCUGUUGAAGAACCUGCAUCAUGAGCGGAUCGUUCAGUACUACGGGUCUUCCAGGGACCUGGAGAAGAGGAAACUCACCAUCUUUGUUGAGUUCAUGCCUGGGGGUUCCAUUAAGGACCAGUUGAAGGCAUAUGGGGCGCUGACAGAGAAGGUGACGCGGCGCUACACCAGACAGAUCCUCCAGGGACUCUUCUACCUUCACAGCAACAUGAUCGUACACAGAGAUAUCAAAGGUCUGGUCAUAUUGACACAGAGCAACAUGAUCGUACACAGAGAUAUCAACGGUCUGGUCAUAUUGACAGACUUACAGGAUGGUGUGUAUCUGUCAAAUCAAAUCCCAUUUUAUUGUUGAACAACCGGUGUGGAGUGAAAUGCUUCCUGAAGGUCUGUCCGGUCUGAGACAACAACAUAGGAGAAUAUACUGAACAAAAUCAAUGGCAUGCCAAUGGGCCUAAGGAUCUCUGUGCAAAGUGGAGCUUUAUGGUAUGGGACUGUAGGUGGAGGUAUAGAGGUAUGGGACUGUAGGUGGAGGUAUAGAGGUAUGGGACUGUAGGUGGAGGUAUAGAGGUAUGUGACUGUAGGUGGAGGUAUAGAGGUAUGUGACUGUAGGUGGA